AUGCAGCAAAGGGCUGUCGCAGGUUGUUCGCCAGCGUUCCAGUUCUCAUUUUCGCAAAUGUGCAUUUAAAAAACAGCACGGCUUGGUUCGGUAGGAAGCUCGUCACUCUCGACGUGCACAUCAGUUUGAAGUUGAUUCAAGAAUUGUCAGCUCCUACGACUUCGUUAUUAAAAAGAAAAUCAACAAGCAACACCUACGCCGUAAGCCCCAUCAUUCGAGAUGGGUGCCAACGGCAUUAAGAUCGCCAGCGUCACUCCUUGGGAGUGGUGUGCGUGUCGCCAGACGACCUGGAAAAACUACACAGAGGAACCAGUUACUCUCUGGGACAUGAACUUCCAUGGAAAGAGGGCCCUAUCAUUUAUCUCUAAGCCAGACGGUGCCUUUCCAGAGUCGUACGCCGCUCUUCAUCUAGUAAGUGGCACUUACCGUGACUUCGAUGCCGGGUUGGAUGUAAGCCUGGAGGCUCUGGCCUUUGUCGGAGUACAUCAAUGCCUGGGCGUCAUCUUUUCGAACCGAUACUCGGGCGCUUUCUACUGCUGCGCGGUGAUAUUUGACAUGGCCGACAAGCCAACGAAACACCACCUUCAUCGGUUGAGCGAAUAUCUUGUCUUCGAGGAGAUUGUCCACCAGCUCGAGCCCCUCGUCGUAGCUAAGAAGACCAAGCAAGUCUACAUCUCCAUAGCCCGCAUGAAAGGGUUUGGUCUCCCCUGGUGGUAUGGGCAAAACAGGAUGUCACUGGCCCGUAGUGCGGAAAUUCUCGACUCCAAGGAGGCUGUGUUUUACAUAGAGUCCGAUGAAUAUUCAGAUGAAGAUUCAAGGCCAAGCAGCCCGGAUUCAUUUCCAGGCGUAAAACCACUGCCAUCUCUGUACAUCAGCAGCGCUGCCAACAGUCUACCAGACGUCGGAACUUCUUCUUCGACACCAGCGGCGCGCGGCAGGUCCAGAUACUACGACGACGUCGAUAUCACGGACGCGUUCACGCACCAGCUUGCAGGGAUUGAGAAAGCCACGGGUAUUAAUCUUUUCUUGUAG